AUGCCUAUCGAAUUUGUUUGCAAAAUCAAAUUUGCAGAGGAGGAUGAGAAGCAGAAAGGCAAGCAGGAUGGGGACAAGGAGAGCCUAAUUGAGGAGAGCUGCACGCCUCCGGCCAAAGACUUGGCCGGGUUUGCCAACUCCUGCUCCCUCCAUGGGAUUAACCACAUCUUUGUCUCUGGCCGCCUGGGUAUCCGGCAGACUCUCUGGGCUCUCGCCUUUUUGACUUCUCUAGCACUGUUUCUGUACCAAGCGGCUAAGUGUGCCAUCUCUUACCUGGAGCACCCUCAUGUCACAGCUUUGAAUGAGGAGGCGACACCCGAGAUGGUUUUCCCCGCCGUGACCAUCUGCAACAUAAACCGCUUUCGCUUCUCCGCACUCACCGACGCUGACAUCUACCACUUGGCUAACCUGACAGGUCUGCCUCCGAAAAACAGAGAUGGACACAAACCUACAGAUUUAAUGUAUCCUGCUCCCGACAUGCAGGACAUCUUCAACAGGACGGGACAUCAGUUGGAAGAGAUGCUGAUGAGCUGCAAUUUCAGCGGGCAGAACUGCUCAGUGGAGGACUUCUCUGUGGUUUACACCAGAUAUGGGAAAUGCUACACUUUUAACGGCAACAAGACGACAUCCAGGAAAACCAAGCAGGGCGGAAUGGGAAAUGGUUUGGAGAUUAUGUUGGAUAUCCAGCAGGAUGAGUAUCUGCCCAUCUGGAGAGAGACAAAUGAGACGUCCCUGGAGGCCGGUAUUCGAGUUCAGAUCCACAGUCAGGAUGAGCCUCCUUAUAUUCACCAGCUGGGCUUCGGCGUCUCCCCGGGUUUCCAGACCUUUGUUUCAUGUCAAGAGCAGAGGCUGACCUACCUGCCGCAGCCCUGGGGGAACUGCCGCUCCACCAGCAAGGAGAAGUUCCCCGGAUACGACACCUACAGCAUCAGCGCCUGCCGCCUGCUCUGCGAGACCAACGAGGUGCUGAGAGUGUGCAAGUGCAGAAUGGUGCACAUGCCCGGAACUGCAGACAUCUGCCCUCCCAGUAAAAUCAACUGUGUUGACAAAGCACUCGCACAGCUCCAGAAGAACAGUGGGGACACCUGUCCAUGCGAGACGCCUUGUAAUCUCACCCGCUACGGAAAAGAGCUCUCCAUGGUCAAAAUCCCCAGCAAGGGCUCAGCUCGCUACCUUUCCAGGAAAUACGACAAGUCAGAAGAGUACAUCAGAGACAACUUCUUGGUGUUGGAUAUCUUUUUUGAAGCUCUGAAUUAUGAAACGAUUGAGCAAAAGAAAGCGUACGAUGUUGCUGGUUUAUUAGGUGACAUUGGUGGACAGAUGGGCUUAUUCAUCGGGGCCAGCAUCCUGACAGUCUUAGAAAUACUGGAUUACAUCUACGAGGUGAUCAAGCACCGGCUACAGCGUUUGCUGAGGCCGCAGAAAGAAGAGAAGAAGAGCAAGCAGCCGACCAGCACGGUGGCGACAGUGAGCCUGGAGGAAAUGAAGGCGAAGGAGCCCAACGACACGACGAGGAGUCACCCGGAGGGGGCGUACGCCAACACCAUUCUCCCCAACCACCAUCACCCUCUUCCUCAUCCACACCCUCAUCCUCACCCUCACCACCAUCGCCCCGGACACCACGGGGUGUUUGAGGACUUCGCCUGCUAAAGCAUCCAGUGUCCACUCCUGGUGACCACCUCAGAUGAAAGCCGUCUCGUCUAAAGACGACCGGCGGACUCUCUGCUUUUCCGUCAUUCGUUUGCUGUCACCAGUGGAAAAGCUCUGGCCAAAGUCAAACACCAAACUUGUGCUGCUAACAAACCACUUGUACGUACUGUAUGUAGGCACAAAUCGGACACAGCUUUUUUCUCGUCUUUUUUUUUUUUUCCCCCUUUUUUUUUUCUUGCGCUGGACAAGGAUCCGUGCUUCACUUUGAUUCCAGACACUCCCGUGAUCACAGGACCAGUUUUUUGGUACACGAUCAUGACAAAAAGGAAUGAGAAGUCUGCAUGCCACCUCGAUCCAGUUUGUCCGAGCGCGAGCAGCUAAAGAUAGAGUUUAUUUAUUCAGGCAUACCUCUCGUCCAUCUAUCACUUCUCAAAGUACUCCCUUUACUUCAUGGAGCUGUAACAUAAAGAGUCAUUACACGUGAUAAAUUAUGUAAUUAUUUUAGGAGAAAUGAUUAUCUAUUUGUUCUAUAUUGUGUACAAAAUAACAGUAUUUCAGUAAUGAAAACUUUUUUCGUGCCACUCACAUCCAAAGUGUAAGUGUAAGAGGAAAUAUUUAGGCUGACAUAGACAUAUGACCUCGGCUUUUGAAAGUCUAGCAGCAUCUUUCAACAUGAUACACUUUGUCCGGUUUGUGGUUAAAGAUGUUAGAGAGUAGCAGUGUACAUGUACAUAAAAUUCAAUUUAAAAAUCAGACUCCUAAAACUUCUGUUUCAACAAGCGUUGUUUAUAUCAGUUGAUAUACAACUUAUGUAAUAUCAGUUUUAGUUAUUUGUACAUUUUAGAGACGUUUUUUAUAUGAUAAUAGCAAUCACAAUUGUAGCAGUUAUUAUGAAUUCAAGCUCUGACUGACAAACAUUAGCACAUUCAUCCAGGUUACAAGAAUGGACUAUACGGACAUGACUUCUGUCCUCAUUGUUUCCAUUUUAUACGUUCUGCUUUUUUGCCAGACAAGAGACACACCUUUGCAAAUGGAUUAUGUCUUCAGUUGUGAUGUGGCUGUACUCAAGGUGUUCUUAUUAUUCUCAUUUCUGCCCAACAUCCCCCUCUCGUUUUAGUUUGACUCACACCUUUUGCUGACAUAAGCAAUAAGAGACAGACUUUCUUUUUUCCUUUUUUUGCGAAAUAAGUUCCUUCUGAUGGGGGCCAAAGUCACUGUAAAAGCACAGCAGCAAUUUACAGUGGGAACCUCACAUUGGAGAGUGUGUGUGUGUGUGUGUGUGUGUGGGUCAGUGUUUGCAUGCCCACUUGAACAUUUUGCACACGUACCUGAGCACAUCAGAGUGACGAAGCUCAGCUAGGCUGGUGAAUGAAAAGAUCAGGGAGUAAAAUUACAGGAGUUUGCAAGAAAUCUUGGCAAGUAUCAAUGCAGAAGGGUAGAGGUUUUGAUCUUGUAGAGGCAGUUUUGGAAAAGAAAAGAGGGUGGAAUGUGACCAUUAUUUCCUAUCCUGAUACAUUGUCAUUGGUUUGAACUUUAAAAAACUUGGACAACGACAUGACAUGUUUUAAGAGCACAAAUUGCAAGUGUUGUAAUGAGAAAAAAAACAGUGAUGUUUCUACAGUACGUGGAUUUCACUCAUAUGUGUCACUGUCAUAGAAGUCAGCUUAUCCAGAGACAUCCUUUUCCACUGCAGGGACAACCCCUGGAAUCCCAUAACCAGGGCUUUUAACUAAUUAGACUUUUAUUUUCCUUUGAAUACUUUUAAGAUCUGUUUUGUCUUUCCCUCUUUUUAAUUCAGGAAAAUUCUGGGACCAGCACAACCAAAAUCGUGUCCGUCAUUAUUUCAUAAUCAGAAGACAAUUAAUCUUCAGUCCAAUAACUGAUCACAUUUCAUCAAUAAAUAUGCUUUAGCAUUCAGAUUUCUGCUGUUUUGCUUUGAUGCACAUCUGACAAUAAAUGAAAAAAUCCAGCCACUAGAGUAAAGCAUUCAUUUUUAAAUACUGAUAUUUAGCAAGAGCUCUGGCGCCGUGUUGCAAACAUACAAAAGUGGUUUAGUUGGAGUUUCAGUUCUAACAUCUCAUUAGACCUAAGAGCUCUCGGCACUCUUCGUGGUUCCGUUUAUAGCUUUUGUGUUGAGUACCUCUGGUAGUUUCGUGUUCAAUACGGCCUUUCAAAAUGUUGUCCACUUAAAGCCAUUGAAAAACAUUGAGAUUUCAAAGUGCAACAAGUAUGGCUUCUCUAAUAUGUUGUAACGUUUGGAGAAAUUGAUUAUCACCGACUAACCCACUCAACUGUGAUUGGUAAGCAUGAAAAAUAAGAUAGAUCUGAUGCCUGUAACAUAAAAAGGGUGAAGAAAGCAUGUUGACCACUGUAUCAGACCUUUUUUUUUUCAUUUGAAAGUUAAUGGCACAAAUCCUUGCACUUUCUCAGGCACUUACUCGGUGCGUCUGUGAGGCCCUGCUGUUCUAAGAGGUGGAGAAUGGGCUAUACCGCUGUCCCACUGAAAUAAGCACUAACCAGACAUUUUAUGUGACUUCCUUCUUGAGUAACACAGUUUCAGGUUUCAAUUCUGGAUGCAGCUGCAGACUGUGCUCAGUGACAUUGCUUUUCCAUGAUAUUCUUAGGCCAACGUGGCUGCGCUGGGGCCAGUGGCACAAUAGUUGCUCACGCUGUCUGAGGGCCCAAAGGUUAUGUUCACCCAACAGUGGUUUCUGGGCUUGGUCUUUACACCCUGAGAUUUCCCCCUGUCGAGAUGUUAACAGACUGAGACGGGCAGAUAAU